AAUAAGCCCUCUAUUUCAUCAAAUAUUUAUCUUGUUCUAUAUAUUUCUCUCUCUAAAAAUGGUAAUGAAAACGACCAAUGCGAAGAAAGCAUCGAUUGAAAAGAACAUUAGAAAUGAGAAUAACCCCCCAAAGGAUUUAACCGGAGCAGAUCCAGAGAAAAAAAAGAGACGGAAUAAGAAACCCGUGGAGACGUACAAUACAUACAUCUUCAAGGUCUUGAAGGAGGUCCAUGGUGACAUUGGGAUUUCCAAUAAGGCGAUGGAGAUCAUGAACUCGUUUGUUAAUGAUAUGUUUCAAAAAAUUGCACAAGAAGCUUCCAAGUUAGCAAAAUACAACAAUAAGAGCACCUUAUCGGCGAGAGAAAUUGAGGCUGCUGUCAAGCUUGUGCUACAUGGAGCAUUGGCUAAGCAUGCUGUGCAGGAAGGCACCAAGGCUGUGGCAAACUUUACUAGGUCUUAGAUAGGCCUUAUGUGCUUGUUUUAAUAACAUAUAAAAGGAAAAUAAAUUAAGGUAUGUUAUAAAAAAGUUGAUGUACAACUUAAUUAUGUUA